CGGGCAGGGGCUGUGCGGGUCCGGGUGCGGACGCGGCAUGGAGACGGCGCGGGGCUGCGCGGGUGCCCUGCUGAGUCAAACCAUGAGGAAAAACUGGGAGCUGGCAUUUUCCAAGGGGAGGCAUGAGUCUAUGUGGGGUGCAUCCAGCUGAAAGCGGACUGGAGGAUGGGACAUCUGGGUCGCUUGGGUUUCUAAAGCGUUUGAAGGUGAUGAGAGAGCUCCACGGCACCAAGAUCUCUGGUAUCCAUGGGAGCUUCUGUUGGGUCAGUAACAAGACAGACCCUUUUUCCUCCUCUUGCAUCUGCAGGACGACCUUUUCGUAUAUCAAAUCAUGACCGAAGCAGUCAGAAAGGAGUUGUUGCAAGCAGUCUGCAGGACCUCACUAGCAAGACCCUGGAUGCCUUCCUGAUUACAGCUGGAAUAGUUACUUUGGUUUUAGAGGAAGAUGGUACGGUUGUAGAUACAGAAGAGUUUUUUCAGUCUCUUGGGGAUAAUACACUCUUCAUGAUUCUAAAAGAAGGACAGAAGUGGACACUAGGAGCAAAUUGCCUUGCUGUACAGCAACCAAAGAAAAUGGGCGUGGCCAACAUCACAUUUGAUUUGUACAAGCUGAAUCCUAAAGACUUCAUUGGUUGUUUAAAUAUUAGAGCUACUUUCUAUGAAAUCUACUCUGUGUCAUAUGAUAUCAAGUGUAUGGGAGCAAAAAAUGUGCUGCGGAAAGUGCUUCGUCUUGUGUCCCACCUGGCACAAGUAACUGGGCAAUUCCUCCUCUUCACGGGAACUUACGUGUUGCAGUUAAUGGGUGACUAUGAGGAACAGGGCAUGUGUACAGGUUCAAAGCACUAAUGAUGGGCAGUCUCGCUCUCUUUAAUUCUGGAUCCUUUCUCUUUUCAAAUGUUUCCAUGUUCAGCUUUAAAGGUAGUGGUCUGUGAUGAAGGCUUAUUGUUCUCAAAGUAGCUGGAUGUCUGCUGAAGUGAAUAGAAACUUUGCAUGGCAAAUUGUGUGGAUCGUUUCACUCAUAAGAAUGUGACUUGUAAAUUGGGUUGGAGUCUUUUCUUUUGAAUGUAGUAAAUGAAAAAAGUGUCUAAUGUUUGGGAAUGGGAGCCAAAUGUCAAUCCAAACUGUGUAUCAAACCAUGCAUUCUCUGUGCACACAAUGGAUUUGCCUGCACUGCUCAAGAUAUGAUAGCCUUGUAGGUGAACAACUACAUUACACUUUCAAAAUAUAUUCUCCCUAGCUUUUAGAUCCUGAGGCCUGAAUAAUACUAGGAAUAGUAUACACUCUGGAAAAUAUACUUAUUAAUUUCUACUAAAAUGUAAAUAAGCAACCACUUUUUCCAGUACAAUAAAAUUCACUGCAUCAGGGUUUGACUGGGUAGUUUAACAUAAGCAGUAAACUAAAUGAAAGUUGCUAUCAUUUCUACAUGGGGUAUGUCUUUCCAGCACAGUAACAACACAGUAACUGCUUCUAUACAUCUCCCUGGAAAGGGACUAGAUUUCUUAGCCCUCUAGUAGUGCAAGCAUGGUUGCCAUCUGUCCAUAAAUUUAGAGCCGUGAAAAAUUCAGGCUAAAUAUUUCUGUCCACAAACUCCAUUAAUUAAUUUAAGCCUUCUGUAAAAACUAUCAAGCCUAAGCUGUUUUGUGAAGCUCCCUCUUGGAAAGAAGCUGGGCAGCUGGAGCUUGACUGAAGCACAGAGCUGAGCAGUGUCACCUGGUAUCUGAGCAGGAGCACAGCACUGUGCAGCAAGCCUUCUUUUAGUAUUUUGUAGACUCUUCCACCUAUAGCCAUGUGCUGCUGCUGCUGCUUCCCAUCCUCUAAUACUGCUAGUUGCAGGUUAGCUUCCUCAGGGGUCUUUGAUAGAGUGGGGCCAGAGGUGGGGAGAGGAGGAGCAGUCACAUGAUGUAGGUUACAGUCAGGAAUGUUGGUGUGGGGUGAGUAGAGGACCUCUGCUUGGGAAAGCAAGAUGGAAAAUCAUUGCUGCAGUCUAUGAACCCAAGAUUUUAUUUUUUUACUGACGGUAGAAAUAUGUCAGUAAAAAAGGUUGUCAGUAAAAAGCUGAUAGAUUGUCAGUAUAAAAAAUGUGGUGAGCCAGGCAUGAGAGAGCAUCAUUUAAUACUAUCCCAAAAGUAGCUGGACUGAAAUGGGCAAGUGUUUUCACUUUCAAGGCAGUAAUUGCACUGUCUUAUGGGACUCCUCAAGACACCACUGUUAAAAAAGUAGAUUUUAAAGAACACUUGGCUGGUGCAAGUUUACCAGUCUCAAAGUGCUUAUUUUCUCAGCAUUGAAGCCACACCAUGAGCCACAACCUGCAUUUUCUUCUGUUCACUGCUGUUUCCCCAGGAUUUUUUUCCUUCUGAAGAAGCAGGAUUAGAUUAACAGCUCAAACCCAUCUCUGCCUUUUUUGGUUCCCCAAAAGGACAAUUGUGUAAUCCAAGAGUGCUGGAUGGGUAUUGUUCUUAGAACAAUCCUCUCUCUACAACUAACAGAAAAAGGAUAACAGGAAGUUAGUAAAAUUAAAGCCUUAAUACUUAACUGUAUACUGCUUCUUCAGAAAUUAAAAAAAAAUCUUAAAUGGCAAUGCAUCUUUUAAGAAGUAUGAGCACUGAUCAGUGCCUCUAGAACAGUAACAUCUAAGUUGUAAAGAUUCAAGAUGGAAAGAUUCAAGACACGUACUAGAUGUGCAAGAGUAAUAUUGAUUACUUGUUAGACUUUUGGGUUGUAAUGUAGGUGUCCAUGCUGUGAAUAAACUUAAUUCCCUGCAGUUUCUAAUGCAAUAGAUUUAACUUCUACCAUUGCUUUAGUUUAGAUUUGUAUUGAUUGCCUCUGCAGUGCUAGGGAUAUAUAAAGCAUUCUGGAAAUCUGUUUUGUACAGUUUUAUUCUUUAAAUUUAAUCUUUCUGUACUUGGCUGGAAACAUUAAUUUUGGUACUAGCAAUCCAUAAAGCCAUGGGAAAUUAUCAAAAGUUAAUGGGGUCGUAACAUGAAUUUUUUAAAACCUUUCUCAAAUUCACUUAUGUAACGCUUCUCUGAAGAAGUUAACAUGUAAAAGUUGAACUGAUUGUUCACCCGAGUAACAGUACAGUCAAAAAGUUUCUUCCUCAAAGUCUUUCCCUAUUCUAAUUCAAACACCUGAGCAGAGUCGCAACAUGUCCCAAGUUGUAUUGAAUCUUCACACAGAGUGGAAGAAAAAGUAUUUGAAUAAGUGAAAAAACGUGGAUGCUUUUGAAAUUAGUUUCCACUGUCUAGCUUAGGGAUUUCCAAACUGUGGUACACAUACUUUGGGGGCAUGUAAGGCAUCUUUGGGGGAUGCACAGGAGAAAUUGUGUCAUGGUGAAUUUAAUUUUUAGUAUUAUAAUAAUUGGCAUUUAAGAGGUUAAAUAUACAAUGUAAGCUGGUAGGGGUAUGUGGGCAGCUGAUAAAUGGAAGGGAUAUUCAAUAAGAAAAGGUUUGGCAAACUCUCAUCUAGAUGAAGUAGGAUUAUUUUUAUUAUGUUAUUUCCUAUUAUAAAGGACAUCCUUCAGAGAUAGGAAAGGGGAUUUGAUUUAAAGUUGUAGGAGAUCAGUCUUCCAAAUGUGAGCCACGCUAAUUAUUAUCGCGUAUUAAGAGGUAUGGAUUUAAUUGGGGAGAGGAGCGGUUUACUGGGGGGAGGGACUGUAAAAACAGUGUAGUCUGCUUUAAAAUGAAAAAAAAACUGCAGAAAAUGGUGACAUGCUCUUCGGGCUAGGAACAGAUGUUGCAUCUGUCCCUGGACUAGUUGUCCCAAAGCAGAAAUGACCCAGGACUGGUAUGUACACAUGUUGGCCUUCUAAUCAGGGUUUAGUGAAUGCACCGCUAUUUUUCUGCCAUUGAUUCAAUGAUGUAAUCCUGGGGUAACCAUUUGGGCACACUUCACAAUGUCCCAGAAUAAACAGUGUUAGCAUUUCUUAUUCUGUGAACCUUUUUGAGGAUUUAUCCUGAGGCAGAGGACAUAGAUGUCUGAAUGACUGCAUUUUGUUCUGGGAUGAAAUGGUUUGUCCCAGGACAAAUGUGACAUCUUUUUGCAGCCCAUGGUGUUUCUUGGUAUGGUUAAAAUGAGUCAGAGCAAAAGCUUCCUAGUCCAAGCAAAUGCAAAGAAAACUACCUUUACUGCCAUAGUAAAGCUAGUUUCAAAUUGUUAAGCUCAUUUAAGUUUUAGUGCAUCCCUAGCGAAGUUGCACUUGUUACUGUUGUGGUUGGGGCUUAUGAAAUUCUAAGUGUCAAAGUUCUCUCCCUGUUGCAUGCAUUUUAGUGCCCCUUUGUCUGUAGUAGUUCGCCUUGCGUACCAACCAUCCAAUACACUUAGUCAAGCUCUCCAGUUACCAAAAAAGGAAUUUUUCACUGAAGUACUCAAUCCUGUUGACUCAGACACUGUUCAUAAUCCAUAGGCAAAACAAAGUUUGCUCUCUCCAAGAGUGGAGUAAAAAAAAAUCAAAGUAAAAUCCUGCUGGCUUCCUUUGACUUCCCUUAGUCUAAUUCUGUGUUCAUAAGUAUCCUUGCUGGUUUGGAAACACACAGAUGCAAAUGCUAUUUUAUAAUUGUUUCAAUUUAGAGAGAAAAAAAUAUUACUGAACUGAUUUGGUCUGGUGCACUAGAGAAAAUGAUAACCUUGAUUUUUGCAUUGCUGAUUAUUUUGCAAGAGAAGGUGUGGUAGUUUACCACUUAAAACAAACUUUUAAAUCAGCUCACUUAAUCUCAUUAGAAAAGUAUGAGUGCUAGUGGCAUAGCUUCUGAGGUAGUAUUUAUAAUUAAUUGGCCCAUGCAUACAUAGGAGGAUAUAGUGUUUUUGGUUGAGGUGUUCAUUUUUAUUCUGUGAAUACUUACUCCUAAAACACUGAGGAAUAUUAUUGGAUUCAUGUGUGUAAACUGGUCUGCCACAGGCAGCUUCUGAAUGCUGGAUUUGCAACAUUGAGGUAAAUGGAUACUGUUAUAAAACCUGCACAAAGCUGCAUACUUCUAAUUCUGCCUCUGGUGCUGAUUCAUUUUGUAGCCUUGUACAUGUCAUGAAACCAAAUAUUUUAGUGGGAACAAGGAGGAUAAUGAUGUUUGCUUUCCUCCAGCUGGAUUUAGGAUUAUAAAGUACAUUCAUACUGAUCAUAGGCAGGUGGAAAAGACCUGGGGCAUCUGUGUUAUAUCGGAUGUUGCAUUAUAUUGAGUCAAGACCACUAGAACUAUUUUAUAAAGCCUAAUGGGAAAAUUACUUGCAGUCAUUCAUCUGCCUCACAAUGGCUCUUUUUUUAUUGCAAGGAAGUGAGCCUUUCCUGAAUAAAUCUGCCAUCAACUGCAGUGGCAGUUUUAUAGAAUUUGACUACUGUUUUGUGUUAACCCAGAUCUGCCCAGUUGUUGGUGAAGCAAACGAUAUUUCUGUUUUUCAGUAUUUCUGCCAGGCACAAAAUGAUACCACAUGUUACUAAGAUAGUGAAAGUAAGAAGAAAUGAAAUAUAAGCAAAGAAAACUGGUCACUAAAGGCCAACUCUGGGGGAAGAGAAGUAUUCAGAUGCCUCACUCCCAAGCUUCUGUUGCAAUCAGUGGGAGCCUAAACACCUGCUUGAAACUGGCUCUAAAUACAAUCAGACACUGAAAUCAAGGGUAACUCUGACUGUGACUGUUUUUCUAAAGUUCUCAAAACUGCAUUUGCAAAGGUAAAUCCAGCUUUACCUAGAUGGAGCAGGAUCAAUAUUGUUAUCAAAGGUCAAGACACAAACUACUAACCAAUAUCAAAUAUAAAAAUUGUGUAUCGGGUAUCUCUUAAGGAUACUCAUCACUCAAUGUUUUUCAGAGUAGACUGAGUAUUUCCUGCAUUAGGCAGUUUUAGUGUCUCUUUGUAUUCUCUGGCUCUCAUUUCAAAGAGUGCAUUGAAGUGAUAUUGUGCUAGAACUUUUAUAGGUAUCUAACAAAAUAUAACUUUAGUUAAAGAAAAAAAAAAGCAGCAUGCACUAAUACAGUAGAAAGUCAAUAGGCCACCUGCUCAGUUCCAACAUAAAAUAUAUUAUCCAACCAUCUCUAUUGAAAAGGGAGUAGAAUGUGUUAAUGAUUUUAGUAAUUGUAAGCUCUGGAUAAAUCAGUGUUUGCCUCUUUUCAAUAUUAUUAAUAUGGUAAUAUAAUAAUUAUAAUUAUUACUAACACCGAGGUGUUUUGUGACUCAUUGCUGGUGAAGCACUGUUUGUUUUUAAUUUACUUUAAUCUCUGUACUGUUAGUGGGUGGCAAUCUACUGUAACAUUAGUGAAAAGUCUCAGACAUUUGACUGUAGGCUAAGUACAGACGGUCAGAAAGCCUGAGGCUGAAUUGAUUAAAUCUUUGCAGGUUAGUCUAAACUACAUAGAUUGAACCAACAAGCAAGUAAACAGAAAUUCACUUUUGAUUCUGGAAAUGCCUUCAGUGGCCCAGGCCAGAAGCCAGGGGGCUCUAGAGCACACCUCCCUGUUCUGCUGGAGUAGACAGCUUGGCCCAGGGAGGGUUUGUGGGGGAGGUGCAAAGCACCAUGGGAUGCUCAGGGACUAUGAGUUAACUUGAAUCUGGAGGGUAUCUGGAACAGAAGUUCAAUAAACUGAUUUAACCUGAAGUAGUUAAGUCUGAUCCAUCUAGGUUUAUCUUAAACUGAUUUUGGCCAUUUUGAUUAGGGACAAAAGUUACAUAUCAUAGAUUUCAUAGACAUUAGGGCUGGAAGGGACCUUGGAAGAUCAUCGAGUCCAGCCUCCUGCCCCAGAGACGGGAAGUCAGCUGUGGUUACAGGAUCCCAGCAAGAUAAACAUCCAAUUGACUCUUAAAGGAGUCCAGAGUAGGUGCUUGCACCACCUCUGGCAGCAGUCUGUUCCAGGAUCUCAGACAGUAAAGAAGUUCUUUCUUAUGUCCAUCCUGAAACAAUCUUGGAGGAGUUUGUGACUCUUUGACCUUGUCAUCCCAUGGGGCUCUCUGGUGAACAGGCAUUCCCCCAGAUCCUGAUGUACGUACACCCCUUGUAUACUUAUAGGCAGCUACCAGGUCCCCCCUGAGCCUGCGCUUUUCCAGACUGAAGAAUCCCAUAGCUCUUGGCCUCUCAUCAUAAGGCCUAUUUUCCUGCCCUCUGAUCAUGUGUGGCUCUCCUCUGGACUCUCUCAAGCUUCUCCACAUCCUUUUUGAAUUGUGGAGUCCAGAACUGGAUGCAGUACUCCAGCUGCAGCCUCACCAAGGUCAACUACAGCGGGAGGAUGACAUCCUGAGAUUUAUUUGAGAAGCAUCUACGGAUGCAAGCCAGAGUUUUGCUCACUUUGCCAGCCACAUCACAUUGGUGGCUCAUAUUCAUCUUGUGGUCAGUCAUGACCCCUAUAAGCAUGCUGUGGGUUUUUCUUCCCAAGGUGGAGUACCUUGCAUUUUUUAGUGUUGAAGGCCAUCGGGUUUUUGUCUGCCCAUUUUACGAGCCUAUCAUAUAAACUGGUUUAAGUGGUCAGGAACCAGUUUAAACCUGUAACAGAAUGUAAGUUCAGUGCACAUAAACCAGUUUCAAAAUUGCUAAAACUGGUUUAAGAUAAACCUGGUUGAAUGUAGUAUCAGACUUAACUGAUUUGGGUCAAACCGGUUUAUGCAAUGUAUGUCCCAGACCCUUUCCUGGUUUAAGUUAAAUCGGAGUUCCCCAGAAUCCCAGAAUGCUUUUCAGCCCUGGUCUGUGCUCUCUGCUCAAACAGAGCAGGGCUGGCCCUGCCCCCAGCUGCCAGCAGGGACUUCAGCCAGGAGCAGGGCAGAUUCCCCUGCCUCACCCCCUCCUCUGUUGGGGAAUUGACUCGGCUCCUAGCUGAGAGGGGGAGUAAAGCCCCUACUGCCAGCUUUCCCCCUUCUCUGGGCAUGGGGUGAGCAUUUGUCCCCCUUGCUACUCCAUCCUCAGCUGCCCCACAGACUGGUCAGGCUAUGGGCUGCACUCACUAGGGAGCACUGCACUGCAGGAUGGUUUGGGAUGGGGGAGCUGCAGCCUGGGAUGCAAGCCCCCUCCCUUCUCCAGUGUCAGCCACACUGCAGCUCUGCCACAGCCUGGUGGACGGAGUGGGCUGGGAGCCACAGAGGCUCUGCCAGACAGGGGUGAUGGGCAGCACAGGCUGGCUCUGGUCAUGUGGGUGGUGGGGGGAGGACUCAUCCAACACCUGCAGGGAGUUUGGGGUAGGUCUGGCUUCACAGCGGGGGCAGGGGCAGGGAUGAGGUACUAGGCUGCAGCUCUGCCCAGGAGGGAUUGGGCAGCCCUGAUGUUCUGACCACCCUCCCCCUCCUCCUCCCCCUCCCCCCCCCCAGCUGGCUCCAGCAAAGCAGCAGCACCAGGGGCCAUGCUUGCUCCACCACUUUUGGGAUGCAACAGGGGUCUGCAAUGGAGGUGGGAGAGGGAUGCGGAGGAGUCUCCCAUUUUUUCCUCUCCAUUCCCUUCCCUGCUGGCUGGGGAGAACAUAUCAUGUUCAUAUCAUGCUGCCAUCCAGUGAGAGAGCAGGGGUGGUAAGACUGGGGACCCCUGACAGGGGCUGCUUCCCCCUCCCCCUCCAGGCACAGCUGGGCUAGGGUCUCUGUAGGCCAGUGGGGAGGUUUAAACCUUUCCCCAAUCACACUCAGGCCUGCUGGGGCCUGGCCAUGACACCCCCACCAGCUCAGUUUCCCUCCAGGUGAGGGCUCAUGCUAGCGCCUACCCAGUCUGGCCUGAGCCACUGCAGCCAUGUGCCUGCAUUUCUGGAGUCAAAAGUGGAUAUCUGUUCACUUGCAGAUCAGUUCAAUCUACACAGGUUAGAGUAAUCUGCAAAAAUUGAAUUAAUUCAGGCUCCAGCUUUUUGAAUGUGUUCCUAGCCUUCAAAAGUGGUUUAUGUGCACUUAACUUCUGUUGUGUUACAGAUUUGAACUGGUUUCUGAUCACUUAUACUGGUUUAUGUGUAAUUUCUGUCCCUAGCCAUACAGUAUCCUGUCCUAAUGUUUAACUCUUUUUGGAACAUCAGUUCACAGUGCAGCAGUAAGCUGUUUAUUAAGCAGUUGUAAUUUGUAAAUGCCUCUCUUCUCCUUUCCCCCACCUUCAAACCAAAAAUGUUUGCAACUAUGAAAGAAUAUUUCAGUGCGUUUCUUUUUCUGUAGCGACUAAAUGAAAGGGAACAUUGAUUGGUCACUGUACUGGGCAAAUAUGAAGUCUGCAGAAAUGCUAUGUGAGUUCUGUUUUGAAAAUGCAUGUAGAAAUGGUAUUAUAGGGUUAUGGCUCCAGGAUUUCUGUAUCAAAUGUGCUUAAUUUACAAGGAAAAAAGUUCUUCUUAACAACCCUGCUGAUUGUGACUUUUUCCACAUGGAGAAAAUUAUCCGAAUAGUUACUGUGGAAUAAACUACUCUCUUCCAAAGUAGCCAUUCCAGAAUAGCUCCCUGUAUGGACAUACACAUUCAGAAUAAUGCUCACUUUAUUUUGGAAUAAUUAUUGUUUCCAUAGCAGUAAUUAUUCCGGAAUAAAAUUACUUGCGUUCUGACUGAUGUCUACAUGGGGAGGUGUUCCUAAAUAGGAAUUGCAGAAAAAACUUAGCUGUUCUGCCCUAUUUCCCCAUGCAGACAAAUGCUGCCAGUCUAGGUGCUAAAAAUCAGGUUGUCCUUAUCUCUUAAGCAUUAUAAACUUUAAGAAAAAAAAACUCUGCUGGAAAAAUUAUGGCCAGGAUGACACUCAAACAAUUCAUGUUUGUAUUUAAUAGAUCUGCACAUGUGUAACUAUGUGGAAUUUCUUUAAAACAAACAAACCUGUUCUUAUACAAAUAAUGCCCUUCAAGCCAAUCAGCAGCACUGGCUCUGCAGUUUUUGUAAGAGUUAUAAAUUCACAGUGGAAAUUAGUGUUUUGUCACUAAAUGCAGCAGCUGUGGCUAAAUCCAUGCAAGGAGAAAAUUUGAUGAGUAGAGUAAGAAGUUGAUUUUGUGUAUGGUCCCAUUUCAGAGCAGAUCAAAAUUUUAAACUUCACCUCCCUGGUGGUUUUUUCACCACUUUUCCUCCUCCCCAUUUUUCUGUCAGGGCCCAAAGGGCACUGUUCUCCACUUUUUGGAAGGAAGGCUGAAGGGGAUACGACAGUGGUCUAUAAAUCAGGAAGGGCGUGGAUGAAGUGAACAGGCAACUGUUAUUCACCAACUCCUAGAAUAGAGCCAAUCCCAAAUUUACAGGAGAAAUUUAAAACAAAACAGUGGAGUACUUGUUUACAAAGCACACAGUUAACUUGUUGCCUCUGGGAGGUGUGGAGGCAGAUAGUAUAAUCAAGUUAAAAAGGGAUUAGCCAAAUUCAUGGUGGACAGGACCAUAGGGAGUUCCAUGUCCACCAUGAAUUUGGCUAAUUACAUAGAAGAGUCAGGGGGUGCAUCUUCUGAUAUCUCUAAACCAAUGAUGGUUGCCAGGGAAGGGACAGCAGAGGUUGGAGCACUUGAGACCUAUCCUGUUCACGUAGUCUCCCUCUAGAGCAGGGGUGUCAAACAGCAUUCACAGAGGUGGAUUGUAUGGCCCACUGGCAUCUCACAGGCUGGACCACCCACCUCCACAGGGUAGACUUGGACUACAGGUCUCAUUGCUGUGGCUCUAUGGGCAAUGGUUAAUCUCUGCAGCUGCCAGAGCUUCUGUUUCAGCAGCUCUAGAACCUGGGAUUCAAAGUCACUCGCCUCCUUAUCUGCCACCAAAAUCAGGGAUUUUGGCACUAAGGCCACGUACAGACAUUUCUCCUGGCAGAGUUGUUGCUCUCCCAGGAGAAACCAAGAGUGUACAGACAUUCAGGAUUUUUCUCUCAAGGCAAAAAUGGUCAAUCCAGGAGAAAUAUAAUCUAGGAACCACCAGCAUUAAAUCACUCCCAGGGUGCUUCUCUAGGGCAAAUGUCUGUACAUGUUCUAAGAAUGGCAGCAGGAGAACAGGGAGCAAGUGGCAGAGGUAUUAACUCCCUAGGUUCCAGAGAGGCAACAAAAUAGCAGUUCUGGCAGCUUCAGGAACUAACAUCACCACUAGUGGGUCUUCUGGCUUGCAGAACAGUCCUGUGAUCUGGAUUCAGCUUGCAGAGGGGCAAACAAGUUUGACAUCCAUUCUCUAGAGCAGAGGUUCCCAAACUUAUCUUAUUGCAUACCCCCUUCCAGAGCUGCCAACAUACACCUACCAGUGUGUUUUAUAUUUCAGUGUGUUUUAUAUUUUAACCCCUUAAAUGCCAAUUAUUAUUAUAAUGAAAAUGAAAUUCACCAUUACACAAUUUCUCCCCCAUACCCACCCAGAGAUGUCUUGCAUUCCACCAGGGUUACGCUUACCACUGUUUGGGAACCCCUGUUCUAGAGUAUCUACUACCCAGCAUUGUCAGAGGCAGGAUACAGGGCUAGAUACACCAUUGGUCUGGCCCAGUAUGGCAGUUUUAAAGUUCUGACUCCUCCUCUGCUUUCUCCCUACUUUUUCUCUUGGCAGAAUCAUCUACUCACCCUGUUUUUAAUCAGUGAUUUAUAGAUCAUCUUUUCCACUCUGUGCUUGUCUUCUCUUCAUCUAAAUCUUCCUGUAUCUCAGACCUUACCAUCUGGAUGUCUCAUUAUUACUAUAAAUUUUGCACAUUCAAUACUGAAUACCAACUUUAUUCUCUGAAAUCCUUCCCCUCUCUCUGACUGCACAUUUUUGUUAACAAUGCCAUGGAUUUACCUCCUCUCUGCCAGGCCUGUGGCCUGGGCAUUGCCUCUGACUCCUUCCACUGUAAUGCCUGUCACAGUGAGGCUAUAACUAACCCUUGAUUAUUCUUCCACCAUAAUGGCACCAAAAGAUGUUCUGUACUUUUGCUCCACUCAGCUACAUAUUCGUGUCCACACUCGUAUCAUCUCCUGUCCUCAUCACUGAAAACCUCUCUCCUUCAGUCUGUCUGACACGUUUCACCCCCUUUGUUCCAUACAGAAUAUAAAUGCUCCGAUCAUCUUCAACAAUUGUCUCUUUGACCAUAUCCUCCUGUUUUUCCAUAAUGAUUAUUUCACUUGAUUAACUUCAAGCUCCUAGCCAUAACCUGGCAAGGGCCUUCCUAACUCUGCCUCAUCUUAUUUAUGAGCUUGUUUCCUACUGUGCCAGGCCCUCCCCAUGCCCAUUCACCAGUGAUGGCAGUUUCAGCCAGCCUCUUGCCCAUCUAUCCCACAGCUAUCUUUGUGUUUUGUUCCAUGCUACACUCUGCAGAGUAUGUGAGCCCUGAGCUAAUUUAGAAUUAAAUUUGACUCCUCUCACCUCAAAUCCCAUCUCAGGGCAUACUUCUGACAUACUCUGUCAAAAAAAUGUCUAAUGCUCAUUGGUUAAGAGCUGCUUGGGAGACUUUGUUUUGUUUUUUAAUCCAGUUGCAAAUCUGAAGCAAAUAUUUAAAAAAAUGUAGCAAAUAUAUACAUUUGCCUUGCUUUCCCCAACCUUCAAAGAUGCUUCUGAGCAGAAGCAGUCUAGUUCUCUGCUCACACAGUACCUAGCACAAAAGUACACCUAUCCUAACUGUCCACCCCCACCUUCAUAGCUCUAUAUAAAUGCUUAGUUAGAGGCUACCAUGUGUUCUUGACAAAUCAUGGAAGUGAUCUCUUUAACAUCAUUUAUCAUUUCAAUUCACUGUAGAGAGGUCAUUUAAACAAAGCAGAGCUGAAUCUGAACAUUUCCUGCACAGAGAAUACAAUAGCGUUCCCCCUCUGUUCCCCAAAGCAAUGCAUUCUCUUUUGUAGACAGCACAUAAAGUAAUCCUGUAUCCUUCACUAUCCUGGCCACACUGUUUAGCCAAUGGACCAUGAAAUGGAUUAUUCAAUGUGGGCGGGCAGUAGGAUGAGCCCUGGACAUGGGCCAGACUGACCUCUUACAUUCUCAGCAUUCAUAAGCCUUUAAAUCAGCAUUAUAGUAACACUUAACAGCCUGCAGCCAUGUGCAGUUUGGCUUCAGUGCUGCAUAUUUUCCAAGUCUAUUUAGUGCAUAUAUGAUUUCCUCCCCACUAAUAAUCCUUGACCAAAAUCCUCCAGUGUUCGCUCAAAGGAGUGACUUCAGCUGCUUCCAUGUAAUCAUGAUGAGAUUGCGUUCCUUCAGUGGGUAGUGCCACCAUGCCUUUUCACUGCAGAUUAUCAUUUUAAAAAUAGGCUGGGGUUUGUUGUGUUGCAGCUUUGGCUACCCUCUUUGUGCUAAGCCUGGAUGUGAUUGCUAGGAAUGUAAUUUGAGAGAAUCAUUUGUCAAGAGGCCUAAAAGUGGUAUGGUGAGAUGGUUUGAACAUGUGUGACAUAUGAAUGGGAGCUGUGUUGGCUAGUAGAUGCAUCAGGAAGGGCGGAGGACAAGAGGAAAUCAUCAUUAGAAUGAAAGGGAGAGACAGGGAGAAAGAGAGAGAGAGACAAAACAGUGGACAACUGGUAAAGAAAAGUAUAAUUGACCUUACUUUCCUACAUUCCCAAUGUGGUCUCAUUGUCUCUCCUAGCCAGCUGAAUCACCUUCCCUUGCAAGGGAGUGGACCUCAUCUGAAAAGAAUACUUCACUUAAUGUAUAUGCUAUAACUAGCAAUGUAGAUGGGACUGUAACCCUUUUGUUCUAGCAACCUAUUCCUUAUAUUCAAAUCAAAGAGGAUAACAAAUUGAGAAUUAAAUUUUAUGCAAACCUGUUUCCCUUACUAAAACAGGAGACAUUUUUUCCAGAAGAUGCUUUUUCCUGAUAAUCUUGAGACUUACUCUGUUGGCAUCAGGAUUCAAUUAUUUUCCUUUUUAUUUGUGUUUCCGUCACUCAGAGCAGCAGAUGAUACUUAAAUAAAUGAUGUAAUAUGAUGCUUAAAUAAAAGCUGGCAAAAUGCUACAGACA